AACCGAGCCUAUUGUGCUCUGCUGUUUCCUGGACAACAUGACAUAAACAAGAGGUUUGACCAGCACAGCAUCAGUCUUCCUGCACAGUUCAAAGAGGUUGUGCUCUGUGUCUAAGCUUUUGCACAGACACAUCAAGCCGUUUCGGCCAUCUAAGGCUGUAAUUUUGGACUGAAAAUGGUGACUGAGAAAGACAAGGGAAACAGAAAAGCAUCGGAUGCUGCAGCUGGCAAGAACAAGGCCGCUUUUCGCUCUGAAGCUUUCACAGUCAAGGCCAUGAUGAAGAACUCUGUGGUGAAAGCUCCUCCAGCAGCAGGAGCGUUCAAGGAAAGGCCUGCGAAGCCCUCAGCUUUCCGUAAGUUUUAUGAGCGAGGAGACUUUCCUAUUGCCCUUGAGCAUGAUACAAAGGGGAAUAAAAUAGCCUGGAAGGUUGAGAUUGAGACAUUGGAUUAUCAUCACUACCUGCCUCUGUUCUUCGAUGGACUUUGUGAGACAGCCCAUCCUUAUGAGUUUUUCGCUCGCCAAGGAGUCCAUGACAUGCUAGAACAUGGAGGCCCAAAGAUCCUGCCUGUUAUUCCACAGCUUAUCAUACCCAUAAAGAAUGCCCUCAGUAUUCGGAAUCGCAAAGUUAUCUGCACUACUCUGAAGGUUCUCCAGCACCUGGUUGUUUCAGCUGACCGAGUGGGUGAAGCACUUGUGCCCUAUUAUCGCCAGAUUCUCCCAAUUCUCAACAUUUUCAAGAACAUGAAUAUUAAUUCAGGAGAUGGGAUUGACUACAGCCAGCAAAAACGAGAAAACAUCGGGGACCUGAUCCAGGAGACACUGGAAGCUUUUGAACGCCAUGGAGGAGAAGAUGCCUUCAUAAAUAUAAAAUACAUGGUUCCUACCUAUGAAUCCUGCUUGCUGAUUUAACAUAAUAAAAUUGCUGUGGCAAAUUGGAAGCUACGUUUUCAAGAACUUGAUUGGCUUUUCCUGCUUGCUGAUUUACCAGAAUACAUUUUCUGUGGCAAAUUGGAAGCUACGUUUUUAAGAACUUGAUUGACUGUUCCUUUGAUUUAAAAUAAAUAAGAAAAAUACCAUCUGUAAUUUGCAGGAAUUCACAAUAAAUGAUUAAACGACA